AUGAGGGUUCGUGUAGAUUUAGAAGUGUUUGGACCAGUGUGGUCGAUAGAGAUGAAGAGGUUGACGGAGGAGAUACUGUUUGUGUUGUUCGCGUAUCGCUUUGAACGCCAGAUCAACAGCGGCGUUCAAAGCGAUACGGGAACAACACAAACAGUAUCAGAAAAGGCUGACGGAACAUUACACCACAUUAGGCUGGUUAGUCGCCCCACCGAUGCCCCAGUUGACAGAUGGUUAAAGAAAUGUUCGAAGGUUCCGGCGGUAUGGUUUCUAUCUGGGUUCCGACUUGCAAUGAAUUCUUUUAUUUUUUGGGGGGAUGCGUUCGAUGCUCUUGAGGGAUUGAAUGGACAAAAAUUUCACAAGAAGCGUUUGAACAUUCGGUUCAGUACUUUCCCAGAAGGCCAUGGCAGAAGCUUACCACUAGAGACCACUGCACGCAACAACUACUCUCCUUCACCCCCCAAGAAAUCUCCCCCUCCUUCCUCGCCUCCUUCCCACUUCAAGUCUCCACUAACACCACCACCACCACCACCAAAGGAGCUUUACAAAUCUCCACCACCCCCAUCAGGCCACAAAUAUCCUCCACCAUCCCCAGUCUACAAGUCUCCUCCACUGCCACCUAAGGAGCACCAUAAACCACCCACUGAGCACCACAAACCACCCACUGAACACCACAAAUCUCCUCAUUCUCCUCCAGAACCACCAAAGGAGCACCACAAACCACCCACUGAGCAUAACGAGCACCACAAACACCACCACAAAUCACCCACUCAUGAGCAUCAUAAAUCUCCUUGGUCACCACCUAAGGAACACUACAAACCACCCACUGAACACCACAAUUCUCCUCCAACACCAAAGGAACACCACAAACCACCCCAUGAGCACCACAAGCACCCACUACCAUCACCGCCUAAGGUGCCCUACAAGCACAAGUCUCCACCGCCAAAGGAGCACCACAAACCACCCCAUGACCACCACGAGCUUCCACCAGUGCACAAAUACCCACCACCAUCACCUCCUAAAGCGCCCUACAAGUCCAAGUCUCCCCCACCUCCUCCCACUCCAGUCUACAAAUACAAGUCUCCUCCUCCACCAACAAAGGAGCACCACAAACCUCCACCAUUGCACAAGUACCCACCACCAUCACCUCCUAAGGCGCCUUACAAGCCUCCCACUCCAGUCUACAAGUUCAAAUCGCCGCCACCACCACCACAUGUUUAG